AGGUGCAAGUUGACUGGAACCUUGAAUGGACAAGGUGUACGUGGAAAGGACAAAAACUAAAAAGCAUCCUUCCAAACAUUAAAAAAAAACCCUGGUUUCAUGGCCUUAACUGGCACAGGAAUGAUAUCAAGAACAUCAUUAGACUCAGAACAGAGCAUGGACUGUUCCCAGUCCACCUAAAGCGAAUAAAUCUCAAAGAUUCAGACCUCUGCGAAUGUCGUCUACCGGGAGACUUAAAUCACAUUAUUUUUGAAUGCCCCCUUUUAAACCACAGAGACUCAUUCUAUAACGAUCUAAUCAAAAAUAACCUCUUACCACCUUUUAACAUUCCCUCAAUUCUCGCAGACAAUAAUUUAAAUACUUAUAAAUUAUUAGCCAAUUUCCUCAAAAACAACAAAAUAAAACUAUGAACAUCAAAAUAACAAACCAAAACUCCUUUUUAUUUAUCUGUAUUUUAUUUUAUAUCAAUUUUCCUGAUACCUUUAAGUCCCUUUGUAUGUAAUCCAUGGCUCAGUCCAUCGGGUUAGGAAGUCACCUCGAUGAGCCUCGAGGUGUGAAAAGGUGGUGGUUAGUUGUGUGUCACCCUCACCCUUACCUCACCUCUCUAAUCCCGUAACACUUUGUCGAUACCUUUAGGUGGCUGUAGGAUCCUCAAUGGAUUAGUAAGCCAAUAUAAACCAAAAAAAAAAAAAAAAAAAAGAUACGACUCCUGCUUGAAAUGGAACAAUUUCGCAGCAAUGCAAUCAUGUGAUGUCAGAGGUAUCAGGUUCGUCGCGUAUGUUCCAUAGAAUAACAAGUUGGAUUCUGCAAUCGCUAGCGAUAGCAAUAUUCGUCAUGGGAACGUUAGCUUCUGGGAUAUGAAAAUGUUAAGGGUUGCGAUUGAAAACACUUACGGAUGGCUUAAAGGGAGGUGGAGACGGUUGCAAUACAUCGACUCACUCUCCUUGGAGAAAGUGUCGGAUUUCGUGGAGGCGGCUUGCAUUCUCCACAAUUUUUGCCUCUUCCACAAUGAUGACCUACCUGCACAUAUGGUUGCUCCGAAAGAACAUGUGCCGCAACCACAUCCUGACCUACCUCCUGCAGUCCCGGGUGUUAAUGCAAUUGAUAAAAGGAAUACGCUUAUGAACAAUUUGUGGUGAUUUUGUCUUCGCUUUCAAAAUUAUUUUUUCAUUUAAAAACAAUUCCCUGACUUUU